AUGUUGGGUUUUCAUCGCAGGACGAGGAGUUUGAUCCCCGUGAAGGAUCUCGCGAAGUACGAUAUGGUGCCGAUGAACGAAGAGGAAGAGGAAGAAGAGAUGGAUAUGGAGGAUAGCGACACACUGGUUGAUGACGUCUCUGAAGCUACGGAUAAGACGCGCUCAAGGCAACUUACUCUGAUCUAUGUCGUGUUCCUUGCAGAAGCUAUCAUGGCGUCGUCGCUCCAGCCACAGCUGCAGAUGUUGGUCUCCGACUCCGACUAUUGCGGCAACCUUUCCACGAGUUACCUGAGGAGCAUCCUCGAUUGCGCGUAUGCCUUCGGAGGCACAACAGGCCUCUUCUGGGGUUACAUGGCAGACCGUAUGGGCAGGCGCCGCGUGACUUUGAUGGGUCUCUGGAUGAUGGUCGUCUGCUGCCUAAGCAUGGGAUUUGCGACCGAUCUUGCGAGCUGUACUCUCUUCCGCUACUUUGCAGGACUUGCAAGUUCGACUGUGGUGGUCACGACGCUUACCAUGAUCGGAGAUUUGAGUAAGAGCUUUGAAGAGCGUGUUCACAAUGUGGCUCUCCUACCGUUGAUCGCACUAUUUGGCUCAAUCGGUCCCAUCAUUCAGGGCAUGGUUUCGGAGAGCUUGCACUCGCCUGGUGCAGUCUGGGAGAAGUUUCCCAUCUUGGGGUCGCAGCUUGCAUGCGGAGGUCUCGUGCUGUCCAUUGCACUGGCCGCUACAUUCUUCCUUCAAGAGACUCUUUCUCUUGACACAAGUUCGUCACGCAUGGACCUCGACUGCGAAAAGGCCGCUUUCUUGUCUGAGAACGACUCAGAUGCCCCAAAGAUUGCCGUGAUCGACUUUGUCCGUCCCGAGCCCAUCACCAUUAACCAGUUCAUGCAGGCGCCUUCAUUCCUUGUCCUACUGGCCUCCUUCUCUCUGCUCUCUCUUCACGCCUCCGUUUUCGAUGUCGUUCUGCCCCACCUUGGUCACCAAAGCUCACAGGACGGUGGCAUGGGGAUCCCAUGCCAAUGGCUCGGCCUUACCGUUAUGGUCGUCAAGGGCGUGGCUGGCAUCACCAUCAAGCACGUCGUUCCUACAGCAGUAGAGAAGUUCGGCCUGCUCAAACUCUACCGCUCGACCUCGCUGCUGUUCCCUGCCAUCUACGUCGUCACCCCGCUUCUUGCUCUUGCAGCAGCUUCGGCAUGCUCAACCAACUUCGUGGCUGUCACAUCAGCCAUUGGUCUCCUCACCAAGCAUGUCCUCACCGGUGGAGCCACUGUUCUUGUUACGCUUCUUGUGCUGAACACGACGCCUGACGCAUACUCAGCGGGCACUGUGGUCGGUAUCAUGCAAAUCGCCAACCUCUUCAAAGCGCUAGCGGUGGCAGUCAGUGGGGCCAGCUUCUAUCUCGCCGAUGACCUGAGCGUCUCAACGACCAACCUCGCACUGUGGACUUGUCUGAUGCUAUUCGGCAGCUGCGGAGCUGCGCUGGCAUACUUCGUCCGCGAGAGACCAAGCGUGGAGCGUGACUUUCCCAGCGAAGUUCUGUGCUGGGAAACAUGCUACGAUGCGGACGCAGAGAAGAGCGAGUUCGACCCUUGA